AAAAUAAUUUAUUUAAUAAUAUAAUAUUUAAUGAUAAUUGUUUUCGUAAUAUAUAUAUCGAAUCUAUCGAAUCAAUUAUCGAUCGAUGUGGGAGAUCGAUUUGACUCAUAUUUUAAUUUACGCAUAUUUUUUAUUUUUAUGUAAAAGUAAUUACAAUUUGUGAAACAUGAAUUAAUAAUAAUUAGCUUUAGUGUGAAAAACGCAAAGUUCAAAACGGUAUAUAUCGAAGAAGCACUCAUCUUAACGCGUGAAGUUAGCGCUAGAGAUGAUCAUCUCUGACUCGAGCCAACUUAACACAGUUCUCUGUUUUAGGGGUUUACAUGCCUUCCGGAACGGAACGGGACGCUGGGUUCACUUUCUUUCCGGAACGGAAUGGGACGCGGAACACAUCAGCUCCCGAUCGAAUCUUUUUCACAAAUCAUAUAAUCGGUAAAUAUGACGCAUAUUUAGCUUGUACUGCGUUUCAUUCGAACGCGUAUUACUCGUAGCGUAAAUCGCGACGUGUGGAACGGUCGGGCAAUUCUAACAUGCGACAAUAAUUCCGUGCCAAAGUCGAUCGCGCGGGAAAGAACGCAACGAAUGUGGAACGACACGCCGCCGCAAGUGCUACAACAAGUGCUAUCGCCAAGUAUUUAAUCGAACGCGACAGAGGUGGAAUGACCCGGCGCUGUAUAGAAUCGCAGAUCAUAACUGUGUCAAGGAUGAAAAAAAAAGAGUCAACGAUGGAUACGAGUGAUGAAGCCGAGUGUUUCGAUCGAAUAGUCUCGUCGCCGAUUAAAAUAAAAAUCAACGAACCGCAGCCGGUUCGUCGCGUCGUGCGUUUGCUUCGGGAGUGCCGUUCAUGUAAAUGGACUAAAAAGGCUUUUCUCAUAAUUCUCACGAUACAACUCGAUUAAGUAAUACCGUUCAUUAUUCUCAGCAUAUAAGUUAAAAUUAAACUCACGAAACUCCCUUUGAACUUGAAGUCGUAUCAUGGGUUUUAUAGAUUAGUCUAAUUAGUUCCACGUGCGUUUGCUUCGGGAAUGUCGACCGAUUUAGUUAAAAACGAAUCGUACCCGGUUCGUCGCGUCGCGCGUUUGCUUCGGAAUUGCCGACCGAUUUAAAUGAAAACGAUGUAUGUUAUUCGCGAGUGUCCAGUGCAACAAGAGGAGGAGACGCAAGCCUGGGAAAGGCAUCGUGUCAUUCCGCAGAGAAACCUUGGAAAUCACCGUAGAUAGUGUUCAGUUGUGCAACGAGAGGAGGAGGAGGUCCAGGAAGGGCAUCGGGCAUCAGCGGAGCAACCUCGGGUAUCAUCGCAGCUUCGUGGCCGAAUAACUCCGCUCGUUGCGCAUCGGAUCGGUGAGUGACGAUUUUUAUAUUAUGGAACAACGAAUUUAUGAAAUUUAUAUUAAAUGUCUCUUUAUGUAAUAUGUAUUAUAAAUAGUGCAGACAAUUUAUAGAUUCGUUGUUCCAAAUGUUUUUUGUUUGCAUUUUUUAUUAAAACGUGUAUAAGUGUAUACACGUUUUAAUAGUGUACUUUUACAAAUGUAUUUCGUCAUUACUUAUCUGGCUGUCAUGCAGCUAGAAUGGAUUUGGCCAGGAUCAACGAAAGGUGAGUCCAAUCUGGCCGGAAGAAAGAAAAAGAAAUAUUAAAAAUUGGGUGUCAAAAAUUAACGUAAGUAGGUAGGUAGGGAUACGGGUAGGUAGGAAUAGGUAAACGAAUAAAUGGAAAUACGGGUAGGCAGGAAAAUAAGUCUAGGGCUGUAGGGCUCGCAAAUGUGAUAUUUACCGCCUGUUUCAGAAUUUUCUCAUUAUCGACACGUUAUAGGAAAGAGGAGGUUUUAGUGGGUAGGCGGCGGUGAGGCUUUUCGUCCGACGUGCCUUCCGUUGAAUCCCACACUCCCCUGGUCUUUCGGGGAGUCUUUUGAAGAUUUCCUCCUCUAUAAAAAAAAAGGGGGCAGGCAGAUACACACAUAAGAAGUAUGUACAAGUAAGCGGGAACAAGGAGAAAUAAUUUGAUAGUUAAAAUUAUUAGACGGAAUAUUGACAAUAAUAUGUAGACCGCAAGUUUAGUAAUAAUAAAUAUAAUUAAAUUUUUUAUGUAUAAUUUUUUAAAUCUGCGUUAUAAUAUAUAAACCAUGUAAUAAUAAUUGUACAAACGGAAAGCGCGCAUAAUUGAUUUGAAAAUGCGAAUACGAUAGGUAGAAAUACUAUUGGAAUUUGCCUAUUUAUAGCUAUAUAUAGAUAUACAUAGGAAAUUUCGAUUGGAAUAUAUUUUAGGAUUUGUUUGUAUUUGUAUUAUUAUAUCAUCCGGGUAGCGGGUAGGAACUCCUUAUGGACAGUCCUAUCAGGGGAAUUGAAUCAACCCCUGCCCACCGCAGAUUCCAGGGGCUCCCUGGUCAACAAAAUAUACGAAGGUGUCAAUUCAGCCUUUAGAAGAAAAUAUAAAAUUAUCAAGACUACUUAUUGAAAUAAUUUUAUACAAUAUUUUCUCAGUUAAUAAUAAAAUUCUCAGUAAAAUUCUGAGUUUAAUAAGAUAAAAAUUUUUAAUUUUUGGUUCAUAUUAUAAAUUUCCAAAAAUAUAUCUUUAAAUGUUUUCGUACUUCAUCUGUUCUCAGAAUUUUCUUGAUAUGGCAACGUAUCAGAAACUAAUUUUAAAAUUGUUAAUUACUAAAUUACAUACUUACGUUUCCUUGCUUUAUUAUCAAGUUUAUAGCGCGUUUAAUCGUUCGUUCCAAGUCCUCGUUCUCUACAAGACGAAAUGACGGAGUCGGAGCAAUGUCAUUGACGCUGUUAAUCCUGCUGUCAUUUGUAUUUGCUUCAAAUGGCUGUAGUUUCAGCAAACGUGUCAAAACGCGCAUUCAGUGUAAAGAAGAUGAACGUAGCUGUGUCACCGCCGUCCGCUACAAUCCUCUAACGGACUCGAAUAUUACUGUCGAUCCCCAUUGCGAUUGUAGAUCAUCCGAUUUUGGGGUGGUGCGGAUGAUCCCGUACGGGACUUGUGUCACAAAUGCAUGCGGCGUGACGCAUGUGGAUCUAUCUUCCGCUUGUGUCAGAUGCGGCAUGUGUGUCGCCGUUGCCGAGGAGAUUAAUCAAACUUUGCUGGAAAUUCACGACAUAAUGGCACCUGAUGACUGGUUAAACGAAACGGAAACAGUGCUUCUUCUGAGAACCAUUUGCGAUCAUUCUUUUCGACACUAUAGUUUACGAGAAAUCGAUGGCAAAAGAUUUAUUUCCGACCCGUUACCAGGCGACAAGCUCGUCACUUCGUCCGCUGAUGGAUUAUGGGAGAAAAACUUGAGAAAUAUGUGUCAUAACUAUCUCAAUGAGAUACAAGAAUUACAGUUGUACAAAAAUUGGAAGGAGUGGUGCGAGGACGACGAGCACAUUCCUAAUCUGGAAAAUACUCUUUGCAGAAACGAGAUUAGCAGUCUACGAGAUUGUAGAGGUAUAGACAAUGUAUACAGACGACAAGUACCUACAAAGAUUUCCGGCACUCGUGUGAAAUUUCUAGCCGAAUACGUAUAAUAAUUUUAGAUCAAUUAUAUUAUGUAUUUUU